ACACGGAGAGAGAGAGUCGAGAGAGAGAGAGAGAGAGGGUUUAAGCUUAAACCCCAGCGACAGGAAAUGGCUCUGCGAUCGGCGGUGGCUGCACCUCGCGGCUUGGUCAGACGGCUCUUCUCCACGACUUCCACGUCCCCUUUCAUUCCGCCGCCGAUACACGCCGCGGCUCAGGCUCCGGCUCGACCGCAGGCUGAUCCGAGCGCAAACCUCUUCGUCUCCGGACUUAGUAAACGUACAACGACAGAGAAAUUACAUGAAGCUUUUUCUCAGUUUGGUGAAGUAGAACAUGCUAGAGUGGUGACUGAUCGUGUAUCAGGAUUCUCAAAGGGAUUUGGUUUUGUAAAAUACACUACUCUAGAAGAUGCCGCAAAAGGCAUUGAGGGUAUGGAUGGCAAGUUUCUAGAUGGUUGGGUCAUAUUCGCGGAGUAUGCAAGGCCCAGACCGCCACUGGGCCAGCCUGGAAACAGUAUGACUCCUCCAUAUGGUCGUCGGUGACUCCUAUACUCAGAGAACAGUCUUGUACUUCUUCAUUAAAUUUAAUUUCAUUAAUCAAUCAUUGUCAACAAAUCUUCAUUGAGAUGUGGGUUGAUCUUCAUUUAAAAUGAGGGCACCGAUUGGCGAAAUAUGCAAAUCGAAAUUGGAUAGGUAAUAUAUUGUCAUCAAAUUUCCAUUUCAUUCAAAAUUUGCAUGCCUUUUGCUUUGUUAUGAACUGUUUGAAGGAUUUGUACUAAAUACACCUUUUAAAUUGGAGACUCAAAGCUGGAGAAUGGAUAGAUCUGUUCUGGUGUCCCUAUUCUCUGUUUUGCAUUUGUAAUUGAAGUUUAAUGGCUGCCUAACCUUU